GCCACAGUGGUAGGCAGUCCCACUUUACUUUGAGUGCUGUGAGGUCACAAACCACAUGAUUCUGUCUCUCCAGUAAUAGUGCUUGCAAAAAAAGGAGUUUUAAGGCUUUUGCUUUUUUGGAUUGUGUGAAUGCUUCAUUCGCCUCACAAACAACCACAGAACCACAAGUGCGGUGCAAACUUUCUCCAGGAAGACAGCAAGAAGUCUCUGGUUUUUAAAUGGUUAAUCUCCGCAGGUCACUACCAGCCACCGAGACCAACAGAGUCAUUUAAGGCUGCAAGCAGAAUUUACAACAGAGGGUACAAGUUCUAUCUGAAAAAAAAAGGAGGGACUAUGGCAUCAAACAGCCUCUUCAGCACAGUGACACCAUGUCAGCAAAACUUCUUUUGGGAUCCGAGCACCAGCCGGCGCUUCAGCCCUCCCUCCAGCAGCCUGCAGCCCGGCAAGAUGAGCGACGUGAGCCCCGCGGCGGCGCAGCAGCAGCAGCAGCAGCAGCAGCAACAGCAGCAGCAGCAGCACCAGCAGCAGCAGCAGGAGGCGGCGGCGGCGGCGGCGGCGGCGGCGGCGGCAGCGGCGGCGGCGGCAGCUGUGCCCCGGUUGCGGCCGCCGCACGACAACCGCACCAUGGUGGAGAUCAUCGCCGACCACCCGGCCGAGCUCGUCCGCACCGACAGCCCCAACUUCCUGUGCUCCGUGCUGCCUUCACACUGGCGUUGCAAUAAGACCCUGCCUGUGGCCUUCAAGGUGGUAGCCCUUGGAGAGGUACCAGAUGGGACUGUGGUUACUGUCAUGGCGGGUAACGAUGAAAAUUAUUCUGCUGAACUCCGAAAUGCCUCUGCUGUUAUGAAAAACCAAGUAGCAAGGUUCAACGAUCUGAGAUUUGUGGGCCGGAGUGGACGAGGCAAGAGUUUCACCUUGACCAUAACUGUCUUCACAAAUCCCCCCCAAGUAGCCACCUAUCACAGAGCUAUUAAAGUUACAGUGGAUGGACCCCGGGAACCCAGAAGGCACAGACAGAAGCUUGAUGACUCUAAACCUAGUUUGUUCUCUGACCGCCUCAGUGAUUUAGGGCGCAUUCCUCAUCCCAGUAUGAGAGUAGGUGUCCCGCCUCAGAACCCACGGCCCUCCCUGAACUCUGCACCAAGUCCUUUUAAUCCACAAGGACAGAGUCAGAUUACAGACCCCAGGCAGGCACAGUCUUCCCCGCCAUGGUCCUAUGACCAGUCUUACCCCUCCUACCUGAGCCAGAUGACAUCCCCGUCCAUUCACUCUACCACCCCGCUGUCUUCCACUCGGGGCACUGGGCUUCCUGCCAUCACCGACGUGCCCAGGCGCAUUUCAGAUGAUGACACUGCCACUUCUGACUUCUGCCUCUGGCCUUCCACUCUCAGUAAGAAGAGCCAGGCAGGUGCUUCAGAACUGGGCCCUUUUUCAGACCCCAGGCAGUUCCCAAGCAUUUCAUCCCUCACUGAGAGCCGCUUCUCCAACCCACGAAUGCACUAUCCAGCCACCUUUACUUACUCCCCGCCAGUCACCUCAGGCAUGUCCCUCGGGAUGUCCGCCACCACUCACUACCACACCUACCUGCCACCACCCUACCCCGGCUCUUCCCAAAGCCAGAGCGGACCCUUCCAGACCAGCAGCACUCCAUAUCUCUACUAUGGCACUUCGUCAGGAUCCUAUCAGUUCCCCAUGGUGCCGGGGGGAGAUCGGUCUCCUUCCAGAAUGCUCCCGCCAUGCACCACCACCUCGAAUGGCAGCACGCUAUUAAAUCCAAAUCUGCCUAACCAGAAUGAUGGCGUUGACGCUGAUGGAAGCCACAGCAGUUCCCCAACUGUUUUGAAUUCUAGUGGCAGAAUGGAUGAAUCUGUUUGGCGACCAUAUUGAAAUUCCUCCGCAGUGGCCCAGCGGUAUCUGGGAGCCACACCCCAAAUGUAUCAAUAUAUACAUAUAUAGAGAGAGUGCUUAUAUAUGUAUAUCAAUUAGCUAUCUACAAAGUGCCUACUUUUUAGAUUUUUUUCAUUCACUCACUCAGUUACGAUCUUGUGACCGUAAGAGGGUAGAUACUGAGAAAAACAAAAGGCCCAAGAGAGACAAUCAUAAUCAGGUUUCAGAUCGUUUUCUAUUUAAAAUGCUCUUUUACAAACAACCAACCAAAGGAAAAAAGCAUUUCUGUUGCUGUUGUUGUUUGGUCUGUUGUCAUAAAUAACCUGUUCACAUGCCAGUUCAGAGAGGUGGACUCCAGGCUCAGGAGGAAGAAGAAAGCCGCUUCCUCUCUGUGCUUUGAAACCACACACCCUCGCGGCUGCAGCUGUGUGUGGGCCAGUGCGCUCUGCAGGCCAGCUUACAAAGCCAGUCGAGGUGCACAGAAAGGGAAAAGGGAAUGGAUGCUUCGGAGUAACUGUUCCAAACGUUGCUUUCAGACUUGCUCCAAGUACUCAUUUGAACUGUUUGGUUCAGUUUUGUUUUUUCUUUUCUUUUCUACUUUAAGAAAGUGACUUCAAAGAUUCAGAUCAGGAUAGAUUAUUUUAUUUUACUUUUUUAUACUUUUUUUCCCUUUUCCCACUUAACCAAAAAGGAAUUUCAUCCCAAGCCCUCUCUUCCCUUUCCCCGUUAAUGCAAAACUGAACAUGGCAAUACCUUAUUAAAGCCAUAAUGGUAUAGAUAGUGUUUGCGUUUGGCUGUGUGUUAUUUGUUUUCUUUUUUUUUUUAAGUUAUGAAUAUGUGUAAAAUCUGAGGUAACUUGCUAACAUGAAUGGUCAUAUAACUUUAAAGAUAUAUUUAUAAUUAUUUAAUGACAUUUGGACCCUUGAAACAUUUCUUAGUGUAUUGAUAUGUUGACUUCGGUCUCUAAAAGUGCUCUUUAUUAAAUAACAAAUUUCUUCAGUGGGCUAGAGCCAUAUCUGAACUAUUGCUAAGCAAUUUCAGUUCAUCCAGGCACAAUGUGAUUUUUAAAAAUACUUCCAUCUCCAAAUGUUUUAGAUGUAGCUUUUUUUUGUGAUGUAUGAAGGAAAUGUUAUGUUUAGUUCUUUGAGAUCUUUGAUUGCCUCUAACACAGCUUUGCCUUUUAAAGCAAUAAUUAGGGAUUUUAAAAACAACUCUUAACCCUUUAUCACUCAUGUUGCCCUCUGUCAGCAUGAAAUGCUGGAGUAAUGUGGUUCCCUAAUUUCUUUCAAAUAAUGAUGACUUGUCAUAUUAAAAAGACAAGCACAAGUGAAUCGUUGAGCUGCGGAAAAAUGUUCUGUGGUUUAGUAGUUAAAGCAAAACUCUAAAUCGCCAGGCUUCACAGUGAAGGACAUAGUCAGCUUAAAGCCACAUGCGUGGCUAAAGAAUCAAUCAUGAUUCACAUAGUACAGGAAAGGCAAAUUGCACCAGGGAUUCUUAAGCAACCGCCUUACCAAACAGUAAAUCAGGGGAACCCAAAUCUGCCUUAACCAAGGCCCCACUGGCAUCUCUCCACAGAAUUUGCAUUUAAAGGAGCAGAAUUAAGUCAUUGUCUUCUGGGAGCAGGGUCACCUGAAGUAGCAGGCAGAUAGAUGAUCUGGGAGAAUAUACAGCCUGUGGGGACCCAUAUACAACCUUUGACAUUCAUAUUUCUCAUAAUGAAGGUUAGGCAAGGCUAUGUAGAGUUUGGUGUCUACUACUGUGUAUGGAUUUGAGCUAAAGCCCUCCAAUAGGAUGCACUUUGACCACUCCUGGCGGCCACGUGGCAAAUUCUGAAGUGUGAAUCCUUAAUUCAAACCAGGAUCAAUGAAUGACACCACCAGGCUAAUCCCCGCCCUUCUUCCGACAGGACAGGGCCCCUUCAUUUGAAUUCUGUGUCUUCCUAAACAGAACUCUGUAGAGAUGUACCUCCAGGCCCCAGAGGCCUCUUGCUCUCUAGCCAUUCUCAAGCCCACCAAGUGCUGUAGGACGGCUUUUGUGGCAGCUGGACCUGUGCUUCUUGCCUUGAGCCUCCUUUGGAAAUCAUCCUGACUCCUAAUAAAAAUCCAGAGAAAACAAAACAAAACACUUUGCCUUCUAAAGGUUGUAUACCAAGUAUGCUUAGAUAAAUAAGCCACUUUUCUAUUACUUAAGAUGGAAGUAGUAAUUGAUACUAUUUAUUGUUUGCGUGUGGUAGCUUGAAGCAUGCCACUGUCCAUUUAUUUGUAAGUGUGAAAUAUGUGUGUUUGUUUCAGCAGCACUUAAAAAAGCCAGUGUCUGGUUACACAUUUCAAUUUUAAUUAAUUGACAUAAAAAUGUUACCGCCAGUGCCAGCUGGACCCUAUUUAAUAAAAAAGGUACUAUAUUUGUACAUUAUUUUUUAAUGUUAAAAGGGCUUUUUUAAGUUUACAGUACACAUACUAAGUGACUUUAAGGAUGCUUUUGUGUUGAAAUGUUAUUAUAGUGGCUGCAGGCAGCAACCCAGAAACACUUUAAACGUUUUUUUCCUUGGGAAAAACUCAAGCGUUUCUUCCUUCCCCCCUCACUCCAGCCAUUCAUUCCAAUGGGGUAAUUCACGGUUCUUAGAUUAAAUUCUGCUCUUUUUGGCCUGGGGGUUAAAUUUUUCUUUCCUUUUCUUUUCUUUUUUUUUUUUUUAACUGAAACCUUAAUUUGCACUGGGUUAUGUGUAUGAUUUGUGAUUUCAAGACCAAAGUGAAGCCUUAUCACUGCCACGAACCAUGUCCCAGCCAACACUCUAUCUCUGUCAGGUUGAAACAGCCUGGUUCUUUAUGUAGCAUACACGUUGCUGGAGUUUACAGUGUGACCAACACAGCCACUUUUUUCUUUUUCGUUUUAAUCUCUUUCAGUUGUCUCACAAAUUUUAACCUAUGUCAGAGAUCCAGAAUAGGUACCACAGCUCUGGGUUUAGUCUAGUGGAAUGACAUCCAGCCUGAAACUCAGAGACUCAACAGAUUGGCUGUUGUUUGCUCAUUAGACUGUCUUACCCCACCAAGGCCUUUUAAAAACUAGCAGAGAAAUCCACCCCAUUAGGGAACAUCCAUUGCAAAUUCAGAGGGGAGAUGUGUGUGCUGGCUUAAACAGUUCCCUUCAUGCCUAGGUGAGGGACUGACUCAAUCAGAGUCUAGGUUAAUACAUGGAAACACAAAGCAUUAGCAAUAAAAGUAAUUUUAUCUAUGCUAUUUGAAAGAAUAAUAAUAAAUAAAAUAUGACUCUUCCACCUCUUGAAUUUGUUGUUAAAAAGAUAAUGCAUUUAAAAAAUAUUUUCUAUGUGAGAAUUUUUUAGAUGUUUGUUUACUUCAUGUUUACAAAUAACUGUUUGCUUUUUAAUGCAGUACUUUGAAAUAUAUCAGCCAAAAACCAUAAUUUACAGUAAUUUCUUAGGUAUUCUGAGUAAAAUUCCAUUUUUUUGGAUAUGCUUUACCAUUCUUAGAUUUCUGUGGAACAAAAAUGUUUGUAGCAUUUUGUGUAAAUACAAGCUUUUCAUUUUUAUUUUUUCCAAUUGCUGUUGCCCAAGAUUUGCUUUUGUGCACAUAUUGUACAAAUUCCGCUUUGUGCCACAGGUCAUGAUUGUGGAUGAGUUUACUCUUAACUUCAAAGGGACUAUUUGUAUUGUGUGUUGCAACUGUAAAUCAAAUUAUUUGGUAUUUUUCUCAUGAUUGUAAUAUUAAUUUGAAGUUUGAAUUUAAUUUUCAAUAAAAUGGCUUUUUUGGUUUUGU